AUGGAUAACAACUACCAAGGAUACACUGAGCUAUGUGGCUACAUUGCUGGUACUGAUACACCAAUGCUAGCAGGCUUUGUGGACAAGAAUAAAGCACAGAUAGGUGCCUGGAGUCAAUCGACUAAAGACUGGACUGGAAUGGCAAGCGUUUGGUCGCGUCGAUUUGUCUUGGAUUACUUUUAA